AUAUAGAAGUGUAAUUUUUUUUUCCUAUACAGAUACAGGAUGGCAGAACUGCAGCAUAUGUCAGAAGCUUUACACCGUGGACUCUGGAGGUACUUGGGUACCAAUAAAAUGGUGACCAUGAGAAGAAAUGUAAUAGAUGUAAGAGAUGAGAUAGAAAACGAAGUAAGAAGAGGUGGCUACAGGCAAAUGUUGAGCGGAAGUAAACGAGAGGGAUUCCGAAUGAUAACAUCAGACAUUGAUGUCAUGUACUGGCCGACAGACCAUAAGCUUAUCAGUAAAUCAUCUCAGGCAACGCAUUAUGAGGCCACAAACAAUACACUGAUUAUGAUGGAGAGUGAGCACAGUCCACCGGGAUUUGUUCUUCUUCGCUUACUCAGUGACUCUAGGAGACCAGAUGUCUCUUUGGCUUGUAUCAAAAUGAAUGACAAGUUAUAUAUGUCAAGCUGUUUACAUCAGAACAUCAUGCGCUUAGUCAAUAAGAACUCGUCAUCCCAUGGUCCAUGUGUAAGUAUUGAAGCCGGAGAUUUUGAGUGUGACCAAGCAUACUGUUUUAAGUCCGACUUCUGGCCAAUUCAAGCUUCUUCCUGGAUAAAAAGAUGUUUUGAGCAUGGAUGGCCAUCGAAGAUCACACUCUGUAAUAUUGUUAAAAAUGGAUGUCAUGUUGUUGCCAUCGGACAUAAAUCAUCUUCCUAUGAAAGCAUCGAAUGGAGGAUUUCAUUUUCACAAGCAGAGCAUAAACAUAUAUUCCUUGAAUCAUUGCCAAUUUCUAUGUUACGGUUUGCUUAAACUGUUUUUGAAAGAGAUGAUAAACAAAAGAACACAAGAUAAGUUACUUUGUUCAUAUCAUAUGAAGACAAUUUUGUUUUGGGUUAUUCAAGAAAACAGUACUCUUGUUUGGAACCGACAAAAUUUCAUUGAAUGCUUCUGGACUUGUUUUAAAAUGCUUUGUCAGUUCGUUUAUCAUGGUGUAUGUCCCAACUUCUUUAUCCCAGAAAAUAAUAUGUUUCUUGGAAAAAUUCAUGGAAACCUGCAAUUAAAUCUGUAUGAUCACCUAAUGAAAAUACGCCACAUUGGACCAUCGUUCUUAUGGAUGUCCAAAUCCAUAAGCGACUUGUUUCAAGAUACUAGUUCAAUUCGGAAUCGUUCCAUUCAAUCUGACGUUAUUCUACCCAGUGCUGUAUUUGAUAAAGAAUUCUUCACUGAACUAUUCUUUGUAACACUUUAUCAAAUCACGGAUCGUAACACGUCUAUUAGGCUUUUAGAAACAUUUGAGAACAUGCUGCGUAAGAAAAAUAAUCUAACGGAAUAUCAGAAUAUCUUCCUUCAAGUUUCCCUAUCCGAAACUUUUCAAUACAAUGCUUUUAUGAUUAAUGCUUGUUUUAGAGAUGGCUGUAACAGAAUUAAAUACAAGAGUGACAAAAUAUCUCGUGGCCUUUUAAAGAUGGCUGAAAAAUCAGGAUUUUUAUCGGUGAGUCUCUACGUUGCACUUUUUUAUCAUAUGACACACAGAUAUAAGGAGGCUGUGAGAGUUUUGGAAGGAUUGAAGUUUAAUAUGUCCCAACCUUCUGUACUGUUUAAUAAUACUGUGGAAAAGGAGGCUUACGAGAAAGCAGUGAAAAGAUUGCCAUGGUCUGAAAGGAUAAGAAAGCAUGCAGUCACGGUUCUUAAGUUUGGUAAUAACUUUUCAUAUAUAGAAGAACUCAGGCUAGAACAGGAAAUCUCUUUGAAGAAUGAUAUGCUUGGAUUAUUAAUACCUCCCCAUGUCAUGCUUCCCUUCUUAUUAGUGCUUUGUUACCGUCAUAUAGACCCAAAGAAAGUACAAUCUGCUCUUGAUGAUCUUCAUGUUUUAGUUCACUAUGAUGAGAAUAGGUACGUACCUAAAGAACUAAGAGACAUUUCAUGGCAGAUCCUUGGUAUCUGUCAACAGAUGACCGGCCAUUUUAAGGAUGCUCUGUUCUCUUACAAGAAAGUUUUUAAACAAAUUCCACUUCACAAAAUACAGGAAGCAGCAAAGAUUCAGUCGGAACAAUGUCUAGUGCUUCAGAAAAUGGCAAGAUCGAAUUCAAAGGAGUUGCC